GAGACAAGAGUGUUGUUUUCUUGCUCAAGGAACUGAUAAAAAACGCCGCUGCGAAGACGCAAAAGUAUACAGCUGACGAAGAAUGAUUAUAUUGUUUACAUUACUUAUGGCAAGCAUGAAAUCUCUUCAACUAUCAGUGUAAAUACUGCCGCGCACUAAUAUCACAUUAUAUCAUUGUUCUGUUUAUUCUACUUAUCACUAAUUAUUUUCGAGUUCCUGUUUUCCACGUUAUUUACUUCAGAAACCGAUUUUCUGCGCAACUUUUCUACAAUCAUUUCAUUUAUCKCUUUUUUCGCGGAUUGUAAUUGAAUUCAAAAKGAAUAUUUUAGGGGCGGGCUUUGUGAUAUUACAGUGAGACGUCGAUAACUCUCUAACUAUUCGGAACAGUCCUACUGGCAACAUAGUGGCGGCCGGUUUACUGAGGCAGAAAUGAYGCACGACCUAACACCGCUGAGAGGGAGACUAGUUUCUGUGAGAAAUGACAAUAGUCUUUUCAGUGAUUACGUUCAUUUCAACUGCUAUCUAUGAACGAAUGAUGUUGUUGUCAUGUAGUUAUAAAGAUUGUUAUUUGGGGUAAUUUUUUUUCUUUUGCCGAUUUUUUUUCUCUUGCCAUUCUUUUUUUCUUUUUCGUCUUCAUCUAUUUUUCAUUCCCUUUGCUUGUCAACAAGUAAGCCAUGUUUUCUUUUUUUGUUCUGACCUUAACUUUCAUCAGGAGUACAUGGCUAUGUACUUCUGCUUUGACUGUUUUCAUUCAACUUCUCUUUUACCGCUGGAGAAUAAGUACUAAACACGAAAACCGCUGACCAACCUCUUGCAACUGAGCAACUCAAUUUUAAUCUUUUCAGAAAAUUGUUYCUUUUAUUGCGGUGAUGUCGAACGUGGAGUACAGUGAUAGAGAUUGCACAGUAUAUGUUGGUAGUAUUGAUCAGAAAGUCACCGAAGAGUUAAUUUUUGAGCUGUUUUUGCAGGCAGGACCUCUAGAACGAGUUAAAAUUCCCACAGACAAAGARAGAGGUGUCCAGAAAUCUUUUGGUUUUGUAACUUUUACAAGUCCAGUGUCUGUUCCCUAUGCCAUUGAUCUUCUUGAUGGCACAUCCUUAUAUGGACAAAAGAUUGUUGUCAGACCACAAACAGGAAGUUCCACUCCUAGUGGUUCUGGAAAUAGAGGCUCACAAAGUCCACUCACRCCAUCAUCCUUGAUGGGUUCUCCAAAUUUCCCUGUCCCAGUCCGACAAAACAGCUUUGAGCAAAAUCAUUCAAAUCGCCAUGUAACCCCAAUUCAAAAUCAGUAUUUAAAUUCACCUUUCAUUCAAGGGCCUAUGAGGCAAAAUAKUUAUGAWCAAACUGUCUCURAUCACUAUGGAUACCAAACACCUACCAAUCAACUUAGUUCUCAUCAUAGAAGCUCGUCAACUUCACGACAUGGAUCACUGAGACGAGAUUCUUAUGAUGAAGACCGACAYGGAAGAAAUUCAUCCAAACAUCAUCAUUCCCAUCACAAUGACAGCAUUCAUAAAGCGAGAAGUUACCGUGAUCAAAGAAGCUCAAGAUAUUAAGAAUAUUUUAUGUCAUUUUCAAUGUCAAUCAWUCAUCUUUUUAAUAUGCAAGCAUCAUUAUUUACAUUGUAAUUUUAAKAAUUUUAAAUAACUAUGCUAUGUGCAUUUUACAAAUUUAUUAUUAACAUUCUCUGACUUUUAUUCAGAAUUCAUUACAUGCUGUAAUACAGCACAAAACCUUAUUCCCUACAAAAUUGGUUAUGUUUCAACCUAAUAAAU